AACAUAUAUAGCCCCUCCCCCUUGCGGAAAUCGAAUUUACGAGAACGUAGCAGGUUAUUUUGUUCUGACAAAAACCUUACCGAAUUCCUAUAAAUCUAUCCUCUUCCUUCGUUCUGACUGGAUAGGGGAUUCUUUGCAACUCACAACGCAUGUGUUCUCGUUCGAAAACGGCGAAGAAGCUCACAGCACUCACGACAACAUCCACCUUCUUCAUUUUGAUUGGACAAGAGUCUCAGCGAAAGCCACGCCCCCCCAGAACGGCCACUAAAGGAGACGCACAGUGAGCUGCUUGAAUUGUGCGCCUGGAUGCGAGGAGUUGACUGAGGGUGAAAAACCCAGAGCGCCUGUGAGGGUCGAACCCCUGGGAAGCGAAUGAAGAAACAGGUCCUGCUUCUCUUCACAUACCGAGGACUCGUACGGAAGGGUAAAAAGAGUAAGAGAAGAAAAUGGCCAAGUUUAUAUUGCGGAAUGCCGAGCCUAGCGACGUGCCCGACAUCCUGCGGCUCAUCAAGGAACUUGCAAAAUACGAACAGAUGGAGGAUCAAGUAAUACUGACCGAGAAAGAGCUCCUUGAGGAUGGGUUCGGGGACCACCCGUUCUACCACUGCAUUGUGGCCGAGGUGCCGGAACACAAGCAGAGCGCUGAGGGUCACAAGGUGGUUGGCUUUGCCAUGUACUACUUCACCUACGACCCCUGGAUCGGUAAGCUUCUCUACCUGGAGGACUUCUACGUCAUGGGGGAGUACAGAGGUUUCGGAAUCGGGUCGGAGAUCCUGAAGUCCCUCAGCCACACGGCCGUGAAGACGCGCUGCAGCAGCAUGCACUUCAUCGUAGCGGAGUCCAAUAAGCCGUCCAUUGAGUUCUACAAGCGGCGGGGGGCCUUGGAUCUCUCGCUCGAGGAGGGCUGGCGGUUGUUCAAAAUCGACAAGGAGUGUCUGCUCAAGAUGUCGAAUGAAGAGUGACCGUAUGCCUGCAAAGCGGCGUUUCAGAUGAGGCUAGUAACCAAUGUUAAAGCAGAAAAUUAAACUCAUCAAUUUUUAACUUCCUCAUUUAAAUCAAUUUGCUUUUUAAAGUCUAAAAUACUAAGGCAUUCAAUUGUGUCAUGCAAAAUAUGCUCACUUAACAUGUUGCAAUUUAAGUAAAAAAAAUUUUUGCAUCAACUUUUUUUAUUCCGUGGUGUCUUUUUACUAUGACAUCUGUGGAGUGACCUCUGACCCUUUGAGGGGGGUGUUUCAGAAUGGGCUGAACUGAAUACGCCAAGCACCACCGUGGAGGGGCUGAGGGCGCUCGGGGCCCCGUGGCCCACUUUUCUUUCACUGCACAUGAAGACGUUGCAGAGGGAUGAUGUAAUCGGUGCUAAAAAUAGUUUUUCUUUUUCUGCUUUGUGCGCGUAGAGCGACUCUGCCGCUC